AUGCAGCAGACAACGCUGUUCACCACGGACCGGAGACGAGCCAACCUCCGCCUGGUUCUCGCAGCAGAGUUCCUUUGCCAGUUUCAACUCCUAUACAUUCACAUCCCAGGAGUCACGAACGUAGUGGCUGAUAUGCUUUCUCGAAUUCCAUCAGGCAACGAUCAUCCAGACCCAGAGGAACCAGGACAGCUCGACAAAAUAUGGGACGAGUCCGCCAUUUACUGGUCCACCGACGUGGGGAUUUCCCCGGAAAUGCGCAAGCGUAUCCGGAGAGGAUACAAAGAUGUGCCCAAGUGGAAGGGAUACAUCGAUAUGCUGAAAACCGCAGACCCCGACUUCCACUUGCCCUUCAACUUGGACCAAGGACUGCUAUACUUCGUGGAAACCAGCGGAAAACAAAAACUCUGCGUUCCAAACGAAGUAGCUCAAGACCUCAUCGCAGCCGCCCACGACGAGAACCAGCACUACGGUGACAAGAGAGUGUGGUACGAACUGCAAGACAAGUUCGUCAUCAACAACAUGAUGACCAAGAUCAAGAAAUACCGCAAAACUUGUCCCGUAUGUGGACCACUCGGGAAGGAUAGAGGCAAACCGAUCGGCAGCCUUCAGCCCAUCAUAACACCCCCAAUUCCCUUCCACACAAUCACAAUGGACUUCAUCACAGGACUACCUGAGGUUUCCGCCGACAACACCAUCUGGAAACUACCAGGAUUUGCCUUCUACGACUCGGUGAUGACUGUCACUGACAAGUUCUCCAAGUCCACCAUGAUUGUGCCGGGAAACACCUCGUACACGGCUGCAGAAUGGGCCCUCAACAACGCAUAUGUAGCCACAAUCAAAUGCUCCCCCAACGAGCUCGUGUAUGGCUUCAAGACCAACGGGCCACUAGACCUCUUAGGCGAUGUCAACAUCAUUUCCAACCGCGACUUGCUCCAGGAGGAAGCGAAGAUCUCCAUCGCGGAGGGGCAGAUGCAUAUGAAACAAAUUUUCGACAAAGAACAUCGACAUAUCGUGUUCGGACCGGGAGAUUUCGUACAUCUCCGCCUCGGAAAAGGGUAUCGGCUACCAGGGAAACCGUCGCCAAAAACAUCCCCCCAGUACACCGAACCGAUCAAAGUGCUCGAACGAGUCGGACCGCUGGCGUAUCGGUUGGACCUCCCACCGACAAUGAACGUCCACCCAGUUAUUUCGAUCGCGUAUCUCAUCCCAGCAACGAACCCGCAGGACGAUCCCUUCCGCAGAACGCCGCUACCAGCCAUCCCGGUUGAUGUAGACGACCCAAGGCAAGCCGAAUGGAGGGACUGGUUCGCGCAUUACGAGAUCGAAAGGAUCCUAGACAAGCGCGUUCUCCGUCGAGGUAGAGGAUCGAGUAAAACGCAGUAUCUGAUUAAGUGGAAGGAUUUCCCGCAUUUCCACAACGUGUGGAUGGACGCGGACGCUAUGGAAGCCAAUGAGGGAAUUGCCGGCCGACAAUCGGAGAAAGAGAGGCAGACCAAGGCGCAGCGAAGGAACAAUCCGCCUGCACACAUCUGA